AGUGCUGUCUCGGGCUAUAAACAGUUAUAUGAAUGAGAGUCGCGUCGCUCCCGACUCCCCGGCCGCCACACGCGCCGCCAGACCCAGACCGUGUUCUGCAGCCGCCCGCACCAUGCGUGCUCUUUCCCACACUAAUUUAAACUAAACAAAUGCACUAGAGUUUUUUUCGAAACACGCAACGCGAGAUAUUUUAUAAGCGAACAACGAACUAUGUUACAGAGUGGAUCAUAUUAUGGAUAAAUGUGAAAGUGCUCAAAGUGAACUUUCUAAUUUAAGUUAAGCUAUUGAAAUGUGGUCCUUGGUGUACACUUGGUGGUAUACAUGAGUAUAAGAGAUAAGGUAAUGCAAGGAGAGCUACAGAAGGUGUUGCUAGUUGCGACGCUAGCACUCGGGUCUGUGGUGGGUGAGAGCGUGUGCAAGCACAGGCACACCUGGUGGGACCGACAGAGGCAGGCGUGCGUGCCCUGCACGCCCUGCGACCGCGCCAGGAACCUUGUCGUCCGGUACCCCUGCGAGGUGUACCGCGACACCGUCUGCCAGACUUUACACAUUCUAGACAAUGAUACCCAGGACAGUGAAAGUGAUUAUGAAUAUUAUGAUGCGGACGUGGAAGUGAGUGACAGUGAGCCGUGGGACCUGCAGACGUCGACGUUGGCUCUAGCCGUGAGCGGGUGUGUCGUGUUCUUUGUGGUCGUGCUGUCAUUGUGGCUGUAUCAUGCGAAACAGAUGAGGAUCAUCAAACGAGCACUUGAGUCAGAUAUGCAGGAGUUUUCCGCGAAGCUGAGGCUAAUGGAAGCAGGAGACGCGGCGGUCGAACCAGUCGCGCCCACGGACCACCACAUCUACUGCAACAUUCACGUCGGGAAGGACGCUCUACUUGGUCGCACGUCGACAAAAAAAAGCAAUGUCUACACACAAGAGAAACACUAGCGUCUAGCGUGCAUGUCACCGACAGAUAAUGGACAACAAUAAAGUCUCCAUCAUCCAACAUGGAACCUCGCACUAGGAGAUAAGAAAAUCUCGAUAGAACUGCAAGUUUACAGUUUAAUUAAAAAUCAGUAUAGUUUUUUAAA